AUGUUGGAGGGGGCUUAUGGUGAAAAAAGGCCUGGGUCCUGUAAGGAGAUGAAGCUACCUAGCAGGGUAGGGAAGGCCCCUUCCCCAUCUGACUUUCUGGAUAAACUCAUGGGAAGGACAUCUGGGUAUGACGCCCGCAUUAGACCCAACUUCAAAGGUCCUCCUGUGAAUGUCACCAUCAACCUGUUCAUCAACAGCUUUGGGUCCAUCACAGAAACCACUAUGGACUAUCGGCUUAAUGUGUUUCUACGGCAACAAUGGAAUGACCCACGACUGGCCUAUAAGGAGUACCCUGAUGACUCUCUGGACCUGGAUCCUUCCAUGUUGGACUCCAUCUGGAAACCUGACCUUUUCUUUGCCAAUGAAAAAGGGGCAAACUUUCACGAAGUCACCACAGACAACAAACUGCUGCGGAUAUUCCAAAAUGGGAAUGUCCUCUACAGUAUCAGGUUAACUCUGAUCCUGUCCUGCCCUAUGGAUCUGAUGAACUUCCCUAUGGACAUUCAGACAUGCUCUAUGCAGCUGGAAAGCUUUGGCUACACCAUGAAUGACCUGUGUUUCCAGUGGCUGGACAUUGGCCCUGUGCAGGUGGCUGAUGACCUGAUGCUUCCUCAGUUUGUGUUGAAGGAGGAGAAAGACUUGGGCUACUGCACCAAACACUACAACACAGGUAAAUUCGCCUGCAUCGAGGUAAAGUUCCACCUGGAGAGACAGAUGGGUUACUACCUGAUCCAGAUGUACAUCCCCAGCCUGCUAACCGUCAUCCUCUCCUGGGUCUCCUUCUGGAUCAACAUGGAUGCGGCCCCAGCUAGAGUGGGCCUUGGUAUCACCACAGUGCUCACCAUGACAACACAAAGCUCUGGGUCCAGGGCAUCCUUGCCUAAGGUGUCUUAUGUGAAGGCCAUUGAUAUCUGGAUGGCUGUGUGUCUUCUUUUUGUGUUUGCUGCACUGCUGGAGUAUGCAGCAGUAAACUUUGUCUCACGGCAGCACAAAGAGUUCUUCAGACUGAGGAAAAAGAUCAAAGAACAACAGCGGCAGAGAACUGUGAGUACGAGACCCUGUGCAGCCCACUUCCUGUGCAGCCCACUCCCUGUGCAGCCCACUCCCUCAGGCUGCUGUCACCUGCUAUUCCCUCAUUACCCUGUUAUGCAGCAGCAACACAGUUCACAGGGAAGUGGAACUGGUGAGAGCAACAAAGUGAAAGGUAACAACGUACCAGGCAACAACACCUGCCAGGGGACCUUGUCUGGCCCUCAGCAGUGCAGUGUCUGUGCCAGGGAGCAGGAACUGGCAGAGCAGAGUCAGGCCUAUUUUCUCCAUAGUUAUGGAGCAGCAGAAGAUGCACCACCAGAGAUGGACGCCCCAAUCUUUCAGGCCUUACCUCCGGGGUUUCCACUGUAUGACAUCCGCAGGCGGUUUGUAGAUCGGGCAAAAAGGAUCGACACUAUAUCCAGGGCUGUGUUCCCUCUGAGUUUCCUUUGCUUCAAUGUUUUCUAUUGGCUCACGUACAAAGUGCUAAGGAAUGAAGCCAUCCGAGCUACUCUGUGACAAACCAACAUCUGUGGACUGAAUUAUAGCACUAGAAUCUAGUCUUCCACAGAACACUUUGAGACAGUGUUAGAGAUCCAUCAGCUGUGCCAAUGGAUAAAUAACUGACUGCAUGUCCAGUUCCAUUCAUUUUUUUAUGAAAGUAAGCAAACUUGAUGUCUCUUCGAAGUGUCAUCCUUAAGUUUUUUUUACAAUUCCAAUGGAACGCACUAAUGGCAUAUAAGCCUUCUUGCACUAUGGAUACUUUCAAUGUCACCCCCAUGGAGGGCACAAGUCCAGAUAUUGAAGCAGGACUGCAUGGGAAAAUAUAUAUUUUUUUGUAUUUCAGAAUUGUAUUUAUUUUGUACUCUUGUGGGAUUGCCACAUUACCGUAUUGGAAAAUCAUAAACCCCUACAAAUAUAUUGAUUUCAACAUAUGGUACACUUUAUGUAAUUGUACAUUAUUGGUACAGAAGUGAAUGCUGGACAUAUUGAAUUGUCUAGUUAGGCAAUGUCCUUGAUUAUCAUACUGUGUCAAGUAUUGACUUUGUCAUCCUCAAUUAAACAAAUC